AACAAAGUGCUCAGAGUGCCAUCCCACCGGCGAUUUAGAUUUUAGCCCGCAGGGAGAUUAGUUGCCCAAAUGGAAAAAAAACCUUCUUCGGGCUACUAAUCUCCCUCGGUACCUUAGUAUGCCCCUGCCCUUAGAAGAAAUUGCUCUGUCGUCCCAUCCUUACUACUUACUUGGUUCAAAUGAGAACACAAGUGCUUGCAGGCUUACUGUAGCUUGUUUCAAUUAUGGAUCCGCACACACCAAUUUUCUGCAGUUUUCUUUUAUUUGUGUUCACCACCAAUAUCAACGUUUCGGGGGGUACAACCUCCCGUGGAAGGCCACGUCAGGCCGAAGAAUAACCAGCACCACUAAAGCAGAAAAAGUGAGUAAAAUUCCAGGUGUGCGGUGUAACCAUUUCAAUAUUACUGUAGCUUGUACCUCACAAAACAGUAUCCUCUCUGAUCUAAUAGGAUCAUCAGCCAAAUCCAAUUAUGGCUUGAGGAAACUUCGGGCGACUUGGAAAUCGAAGCACCGCGAGUGCAUUGGCGCAGGUGGUUUUUCAUUGACUGAAGACAUGGGGAAGCAGUUCGGGGAGAUUAGUCGCCCCCCAAAGAAGAGAUUAGUCGCCAGGUGUCUACAUCUCCCCCCAAUCUCCAGGUGUGCCCUCACCCUAAAGUGUAACCUGCUAACCUGGGUCAACUCUCCUUCAAUAAAUGCACAAACCCUGGGCUCUUUACAGCCAUCCCAUCUCAUGUGUCGCUGAAUGAAGGCAAUGGCUGCUCAUUCCCCCUGCUGAGUAUGUGAGCUACAGUUACCAAGUGUGCCCUUGCCCAAGCUUGGAACUAAUUAGUGGUCGGCUUUUUU